GGAUGUCUGGGACGGGCCGCGCGGGGAGGGGUGUGCAGCGGCGGGGCCGCGGCUCUCGGCCCCGCCACUCGUGCCCCGCCGCCCGGCGGGCGCUGCGCAGGGCGGGCGGUGCCCUGCGCGGGGCAGCGCGGCCGGGCCCGCGUGGGGCGGCCCCCCGCCGGGGUCUCCAUGACGACCCGCCGCCGCUUGUGUUGCCAGGGCGGCGGCGCCGGGGGUUGAGGCCCGGGCUUCCAACUGGCCGCGGCCAACAGCCGCCGCCACCGCCUCCAUUGGCCGCCGCCUAUAUAGGGGCUGCGGGCGAGCGUGCCGGGCGUGCUGGCUGCUUCCCUUCUGCUUUCUCGGCGGUGCGGCGUUCUCGUUGCCUCCGAAAGGUACCGACGUCGGGGCGAUGCGCCGCACCGGUGAGAAGAGCCGGGCGGGGCGGCGGGAGCCCUGCCCCGCUGCCCCCCGCAGCAGCGGGCGGGCCGUGCUGGGGGUGCUGGCGGAGAACGGGCAGCAGCGGCCCAGCGCCCAGGGCGUUACUGUUAUCAGACGCUUCUCUGGCUCUGAAAACACCGUCCCUUCAUCUGGAAAAGAUGAAUUACCCAAGCAAACGGUCAGUGCUGUGUCAAAGCAAGCGUUUGCUAUCUAUGAGGAUGAAUCAGAAGAAAAAGAGAACUACAGCUGCCAAGUGGCUGAAGAGCUGGAAUCAAGCCUGUGUGAACUGGAUACUAGUGCAAUAACAUCCAGUAUCCACCUGCUGCUGGAUCUGAGUACAGGAUCUCCUAUGGUAGUGGAUACGUCCUUCCAGUCCCAGCCUGAGGAUCACAUGGUAGAUCCUGUAACUCUGACUGUGGGAGAGUAUGCAGAAGACAUUCACCAGUACCUCAGAGAGGCUGAAGUACGAUUCAGGCCCAAGCCCUACUACAUGAAGAAACAACCAGAUAUCACAACAGGAAUGCGUGCCAUCUUGGUAGAUUGGCUGGUGGAAGUAGGGGAAGAAUAUAAACUUCGCACAGAGACUCUGUACUUAGCGGUGAACUUCCUGGAUAGGUUUCUUUCCUGCAUGUCUGUUCUCAGAGGGAAGCUGCAGCUUGUAGGAACAGCAGCAAUCCUUCUGGCUGCGAAGUAUGAAGAGAUCUACCCACCAGAAGUGGAUGAAUUUGUGUAUAUAACGGAUGAUACCUACACAAAGAGGCAGCUGCUAAGAAUGGAACACCUGCUUCUCAAAGUGUUGGCUUUUGACCUAACAGCCCCAACCAUCAACCAGUUCCUCCUUCAGUAUAUUCAGAGGCAUGGAGUCUGUAUGAAGACAGAGAACUUUGCAAGGUAUCUUGCAGAGCUGAGUCUGCUUGAAGCUGAUCCUUUUCUGAAGUACCUUCCUUCGCAAACUGCUGCAGCAGCCUACUGUCUAGCAAACUAUACGGUGAACAAGUCUUUCUGGCCGGAAACACUUGCUGCAUUCACUGGAUAUUCAUUAAGUGAGAUAGUGCCUUGCCUGACUGAUCUGCAUAAAGCAUGCCUUGAUGCUCCCCAUUGCCAACUGCAAGCAAUUAAGGAGAAGUAUAAGCACUCCAAGUACCUGCAGGUGUCUCUUGUGGAGCCCCCAACAGUUCUUCCUCUACAAUAGAGACUGGAUCCUGGACUUGAAGAUUACUUUGUCCCAGUCAGUCCCAUAACAUUUUAUAGAACACUGCAGGUCGUGUGUCUGUAACCAUAGUGAUCAGAAUGGUUUUUAGCUAGCAUUUUUAAAUUAGAUACCCCAUUUAAAAAGGGGCUAUUACACUAUAGCUCUUAAUAAACUGACAGCACUUUUAAUAAAUACCUUAUUACACUGUUCCGCUGUGAAUCUUUCUGACUCUAGUUAAUAUCUGCAGUGACAGUGAGUGGGAAGGGUUAUGGUUUUCUACAAAAAAGGGGCUUUUAAGGUAGCUGGAGUGGAUAGUGUAGCUUGAACCAAAACAACCUGACAUCCCCAUAGACACAGAUGACUUGCUGCAGUAUCUUAUCUGGUUAUUCCUCUUCUGAGACAAAAUCGUGUGGUUAUGAACAGAACCUAUUUUCUGCAACUUGUUUACCCUAUCACACCAAAACCAUCUAGAUGCACAUCAUCUGUGAGUACUGAAUUUGUGUGUAGGAGCCAUCAAUGUUGAUUAAGAGACAAGCUUCCCUUCAUGGAGGUGAAUAGGAGGAUUGCUCUGCAGAGAGCUGGAGGAAGGGGAGAUUGUGGCUGGCAGAGCCUUAGGAACACUUCAAACACUGGUGGACAAACUGCAGUAGAGAACAAUUGCUAAAAACUGAGGUACUGGAGCAGUGGAGUUGAGCUAGGUGGCUGUUGUGUCAUACUUGUGGUAUUGAGUAGUCUUAAGGCAUAGCUGUCUGAGAUGACCUAUCCAGCAACUACAGCACUGCUCAACAUAUCUGGUCUGCAGUCUAGAGAAACCUCACUUAGUACAAAGGGUGGGGGUGACAGGACAGGACUAUCUUAUCCUGAGUUGCUAUGCUGUCUUGUGUCCCCAGUUAUUCAUUAGCUAAUGUUUUCAAAUAACAAACAAAAAGCUACCUCAAGUACUCUUAAAUACAACCUGUCCAAAGUAGUUAGGUUGGUCAUGUUGGUUGAGAUGUCGAGAACUAUAUUCUAAAUGGCAAGGUAGGUUUGAGGCAUUCUCUUUCUAUAAGAGUUGGAAACCUUCAGUGUUUACUGCUUCCUAAGGGAGUCAUCUGUACAAGACAUUAUGUGUUUCCAAACAAGAAUAUGCUUAACACUUGACAUUAACAUGCAAUUCAGCAGACUUAGUAAGUAUCAGCUAACAAGCCUCUUUAAUUUUAAAACCUGAUUAUACCAGUGUGUGUCAUAAGGCUUUUCUUAGCUUCAGAGGUUUCACUUCCUUCUAUGUGUAAGACUUUUUCUUCCCCCUGCCUCCUCCCUGUUGCAAAUGGUGAAUCCUCUUAGCAAUGCAAACCCCUGUAUUUCUCCAAAAUGGAGGUAAUGCUAAUGACUGAUUAACUUGUCUCAAAGUAAAUAUCCUUUCAGGGAGGGAAUGUUCAGUUUCAGUCUAGCCUAUGCAGUUCUUGGUCUCUUGCUUCAAGUUCUUUAUAGUCAAGUAAAUUAAUCCAUUUUGGGUUUUACUGUAAUGACAUGUGAUCAGAUAUGCCAGAUGUACCAGCUUGUUUAUGGUGUUUCAGGCUGAACAUAAGGUUUCCUGAAACCCCAUGUUUAUAAGCCUUACUCUACUCAGGUGAUAGUGCUUACUGAACUGCAAUUUCUGUAGUGUUGAGUAUUUUGGAAGCAGUAAUCUAUAUCUCACAUACAGAACUGUUUUCCUAGUGUUAGAGCAGUUUGAAAGUGUUUGUAUGGUUGCGUCACAGUAGUAAUGGGGAAGAGGUGAGUUUUGUUCUUAUGAACAGUCUAUGACCACAGUCAUAUCUCUGUUCCUGGGCUAACAGAUUUGGUGUAUCUAACAGAAUAGGAGGUGUCCAGGUCUGAAAUUACUAAAUGUUUUACCAUAUGAUGUCUUCCUAGAGGCCAAAUUUCUGUUCUAUUGUACUUUUUUUAGAGUCUACCUAGCUGUAAGACAGAAAAUAGUUGCAUUUAACUUCCCUGAAGCUUUCUUUGGCAUACAAACUUUCCUGAUACUAUUUUUUUUAAACUACAGUAUCUGAAGAUGACAGUGCUUCAUCUGCUUUCUUGUUUUGUCAUUUUGCAACUGAGCUAGUGACUUAAAUGUUCCUUUAGACUAAAGGCUAAAAAGGGAAAAUGAAAAAAGUUAAGUAGUUAAGGUGAAGAAUUGUGUAAUGCUGCAGUGCAAAUGCUACUAAGUUUGUGCGAGAUGGAUUAAACUUGAAUUUGUGAGAUGGGAGAAACUGAAGUGCUCUCAACUGAGAUCUGUGGGUAAUAAUGGCAUUUUGAAUAUUCCUGUUCUGUUCUCGCUUCCUUUUGUUGUAUUUGUCUUGGUGAGAGGAAAUGUCUUAGUGCUUUUAUCUAAGUGAGCCUUGACUCUUGCAAAGUAAAAACUGGGUGCUAUAUCCUCUCUCAUUCUAUGUAAGUCACUGCACUAAUGCUGGCCUGCCCCUCAUGUGGUAUCUCCUCUGCAGCUGAUACUUGACAUCAAGGUAUAAGAGAUGCUUCAGCUGGGCAUAUUGUGGUAAUGAAGGUGAGAUAAUGCUGCAGUAAAAGAUGAAGUGCUUAAAUGCAGAUGCAAAUCCACCUAAGAGCACUUAAAAAAAAGAGGUACUGAAAAUGAUCAAAUAUACAGGAAUAUGGAUUUAUAAGAAGGGAGAUGAAAGCAACCCAAAAAGAAGCUUUAAGCUUCCAUUGAUGUACUGUGCUUUUGCUGUACAGAAAAAGUAAGACCUAUAAAGCUCACAGCCUUGUGUGAUGUUUGAAACAAACAGAACCAGAUUUCUUGAAGACAGCUGUGUCUUGGAAAAGAAAUAAAGGGGAAUCAAUAUUAAGAUUAAACAGAGGCAGUCUCAAUUCUGGACCAUCCCACUUGUAGAUUUUUCUUUUUGUUUAUUUUUGUGGGUUUUCUUUUUUUGUUUUGUUUUUUUGG